AAGACUCGGGCUCCAACGUGUUGCGGUGAGGUCCCGUCUCGCUGUGGGCCCCAGCAGCCAAGGCAUCGAGCCUCCUGCCAGGCUCCGCUGGGACCUCAGAAUCCAGUGCUCCCACCCUGACAGAGAAGUGCUUCUCGAGUGUCCCACCGCCCUGUCGGGCCUCUUGAGUGCAAUAUUCCCACCCUCCCUUCUGAAUCUGAGCCAGCUAGGGCAUCUGCCCCCCUUACUCCAGAACCCCACCUUCCCACCGGCCAAAUGGGCUCCUCACUCAGCUACCCCCAUACAGAGGGCUCAGGGGGGCCUGGGUAGCAUCGGGCCAGGCAGUGUACCCCCGAGCACGUGGCUGAGCAGGUGACAGAAGCAGAUUCAAAGGUUUGUCUGGACUCCAAAGCCAGGCUUCUCUCCCAAUCAAUCCCUCACCCAGAAUCUGGUUGGGAGAGGCCUCAGCAGGCUGGCCACCAUACACGCUCCUCCACUUGGCUCCCCUGGAGAGCAGGGUCCGUCACAGUCUGUCUGACCAUAGGAAACCCCAGAGUGGAAAGCUGAGGGCCUAGUGCUCCUAGCAGUACCACCCCUCUCUCCCUCCGUUCCCCCAUCUGUAAAAUGGGGGCAAGGGCUCUCCAGUGGCAGUGUGUAGUACUAGCCAGAAGGCCCUGAGUUCAAGUCCCACCCCCAGCUCCUCCUGGCUACAUGCCUCUGGACAAAUUGUUUCAAUUCUCAGGGCUCUAGAUCACUCCCCAAGAUGGUAGAUUGCAGAGGAGGUGCUGGCCUGAACUGGUAGAGGGAGUUUCCUCACCCAGAAGUUCUCUCUUCUGAUGACAUCCCAGGUCCGGUCCCUCCCCUUAACUCUUGACACCUACAUUCCCUAAAUAAGGACCCAUGAAGGAGAAAUGAGUGCCCUGACCACGGUCAAGCACAGACUGGAGAAGGGCAUGGGAAGAUUAGGCCGACAAACAGCCACCCCCACUUCAGAGGGAGCCUUCUCGGAGCCGGCCGGUGGCCAGGGAUGCUCAGACCUGGAGGCUGGUGUCUGCACACCCAGGGCCUAGGAGAGCUCAGAAUAGCAGCCAGGAGAACAUGUCCACACGGCCCUUCUCGUGUCUUCUGCCCUCCCCUCGGAUGCAAACUGUGGGGCAGAAAUGAGCCACGACAAGCAAGCUGUGUGACAGCCUGGGGGACCAGCAAAGCAGCCCAGGCAAAGGGCGGAUGGGGCAGCCGGGCUGCAACACCCGCAACGGAUUCCUCCUGCCCCUGUGUAGAGUCUGCUUUAUGGCUGACGCGUCUGGAGCGGCCAUCUUGCCCUGCUGACUGGCCUGACCAAGCCAAGGAUGUCCCACUGGGGGAUCCUGGCCCAUCCUGCUUCCAAGAUGAAUAUGUCUGGAGGCUGAGCCAGCUCUUGGGCUCAGUGCCUCCCAGUCAAGAAGAGCUUAGUCCCUGCGGCUCAGAAUCCAUCUGUACAGAAGACUUCGAAGCCUACUUCCAGGAGGCCAUGGUGGAGGCUACGCCACCUUCAGGGGCCCGCACCGGGAGCCCUGAGUCCUUGGGGGGCCACAUCUCCCGGGUCAGCCAGGGGCCUCCUCCCCAGCCCCUCAGCUCCAGGAAGCACCAGCAGCCCCCCGAGGAGAAGGGAGCUCCUAGCCAGGAAAGCUCCCAGGCACUCCCAGAGGACCCCAGCCCCAGGUUGGGCCCAGCAGCACUGGGCACUGCCAGGGGGCGAUCUCUGCUCCAACUGGGAGGUUCCUUCCCUGAGAAGUGGAGACCCAAAAGAGAUCCUGGGGUUGGACCAGCAAGAAGACAGCAUGGGGACCCUGGGGAACCCAGCCCCCACACAGAGAGCAGGAACGCCCAGCAGCCUCUGACCCCUUCUCCCCACGACAGAAGAGUCCAUUGGGACUGCGAGCUGCCCCCGGACCUCCUGCCCAAUGACCCGGCCCGGAGGCAGCUCUCCAGGCCCUUGGCAGUUCCUUUCUCUUCAGGACCCCAGGAUCCCAGGCUGUGUCUGGCCCAGGCCAGAGGCAAUCUCUCAGCAUCUCUCUGGGAGCCUGGCUCUCUCCUCCCAUCCUGCCUGCUGGGAUAUAGAGCUCCUGGCUCCCAGAAAGAGGAGCCCAGGCUCAGUCACAGAAAGGGGCUUAAAAAAGAGCAGGAGACCCCAGGGGACCCCAAGCCUUGGAAAUGGAGCAAGAAAUUGGAAAGCAUGAAGGAGCCCUGGAUUGGGGCUGCCGCUCCUGGGGGCCCUGAUAGAAGUUGCCCGCCGCCGCCUCUGGGAUGUGGAUCGGGAAGCUGAAGCCCUUCUGGAGGCUGUCCGGGAGCUGCAGAGGAACAGGCUGGCAUCUGUGCCCAGUGACUGCUGCAGCGGGCCAGGAUCACAGUGUGGUUGGAGGAGCAGGUGAGAUGGAACAGGGAUGUGGGCUCAGUUUGUUCCUCUGUAGAAUUGGGGUGAGGCUACCCACAUUGAUAAACCAUAAAGGGAUUGGCAAUGGAAAGGGACCCUGACAUUAUCAUUUCAGAUGAGGAGACUCAGAACCAGAGAGGGGAGUCACUGGACAGAGGCCAGAGUCACUCCUAGAAUGACUCGUGGGCCCCCCACAGCUCUGGGUCUGCCUCCAGAAUCCCCUGACCUGGCCUGGGCAGGCCCACUCCCAGAGGCGUGUCUGAGGGAGGGUGGGUGGCCAAGGAAGGGCUUCCACAGGGCCCAGGUCUCAGCCUGGGGGGAUUCCCAGGAGGGCAGGUCCUACUUCUGUCCUUGGCCUGAGCAGCCCAAGAUUCCCAGGUAGAGAACCCUCGGACAAAGACCGCGAUGAGCAGAAGGACAGGACCUCGGAACACUGAAGCCGGCAGAGGCCUCGUCUAACACAUGUCCUACAACAAGCAGGCAUCCCACCUCUGCAUGAAGACCCCCAAUGACAGGGAGCUUACCACCUCCAGAGCCAGACCUUCCUACUUUGGGAUGGUUAGGGAAUCUUUCCAGGCCUCAAGCCAAAAUCUACCUCUUUGCCACUCCCAGCUCUCCCACCCACCCCUGGGGUCCGGGUUCUGGUUCUGGGGCCAGACGCUAAAGCUCUUUACUGUGGUGAGCCCUGCAGGUAUGGGAAGGUGGCUCUCCUCGCUCCUGGAGUUUUCUCCAGAUUCCAAAUUCCUGGUUCCUUCAUCCCUCCUUUCCCGGGCCCUUUCUUGUCCUGGUCACCCUCAUCUAGAGGCUUCUCAGCUGACUGAUGUCCUUAGACGGCCCUGACCCAAGCUGAGCUCAGUCUUCCAUGUGCGGUCCCAUCAGGAGAGAGGAUGAUGGGGUUCCCAUCCCCCUCAUCCUGAGCCUGAGGACCAAGGGCCUCAUUAGCUUCUGUGACUGCCUCAUCACACUGGGAUGCAAAUUAUACUUGCAGUCCACUAUGACCCCCAGAUCUUUUUCUUACACAGCACUCCCCAGCCAUGCAUCCUACAUCUUGUAUUUGUGACACUGUCCUUUCAAACUCAUGACUAAAAGGAGAGAGCACCAAAGAUGUAUCCAAAGGACAUUCACAUUCUGGCCCUGCUCUGACACCUUGGACAAGUCACUUCUCUCUAGGCCUUCAUUUCUUCAUCCAUAAUAUGAAGAGUUCAGGCUCUGACGGCUUAUCCAUCACUAAACCUAUGAUCCUAUAAACAUGAAUCUCUAUUAAACUUUUCCAUUA